CGGUCCAAUCGCAUCCCUAAAGAAUUUGAGUUUUGAUUGAGGGUGGUGAGCUUGACAUGUAUAGAGACCACCGUAAUGCCCGUGUGCCGAGGCCCCUCCAUCGGCCAGCUGGCGUCAGAGCCGGUCUGCGCCGCCCGCCAGGGCCCGCCCCCGCUCCCCGUCCCCGCCCCGCCGCUCCUCCUCUACCCCCUCCCAGCACCUCCCGCCGAGAUCUUGGCGGGAAGACGCCCGCUGCUAAGCCGCGAAAAGAUGGGGUCGCGCUCAGCCAGCGAAGAAAAGGCGGGCUCCAGACAGCGACUCCAGGUGAAGGUGAAUGAAUAUAAAGAAAACCAAAACAUCACUUGUGUAUCUCUGAGACCAGUACAGACUACAGUUUUAGGAAAAACACCUAAGGUGUAUCUUGUCCCGUUUUCACUCAGUAAUUAUAAGUCAGACCAAUUUAAGCACCCCAAAUCCCUAUUGAAUAAGAAUUCUAACAAUGAAUUUGUAUGUAAGAAAUGUAAGAAGACUGAAAUAAGGAAAACUUGCAGGAGGAUUUUAACUCCAAAGAUGGAAGCCACAUCCUCCAAGACAGAAUCCACCUUGCAAAAAUCAUCCUUAGAUGUUUGUACUGAAAGUAACAAGCGACAACACAAGAGCACUUCAGAUACAGUGAUUCCCAGUGUUGAUAUGGAAAGCAUUCAGAAUCUAGACAGUGAUGAAGAUACCACACUAGGCCUGGAUGAAUUUUCAGGAUUGUCACCGUAUGAAAGGAAGAGACUGAAGAACAUAUCAGAAAAUGCAAACUUUUUUGCUUCUCUUCAGUUGUCUGCGUCAGCUGCAAGGCUCCGUGAAAUGAUAAAAAAGAGACAGCCUCCUGAAUCCAAAAGAAAAAUGCCUAAGAAGAGAGAAAAUGGGACUGGAUGUAGAAGGUCAAUGAGAUUACUAAAAGUAGAUCCUUCAGGAGUGUCAUUACCAGCAACCCCAACCCAGCCGACAUUAAUAGCAGAUGAAAAUCCUUUGUUACCUCCUGGGCCUUUAGAAAUGACUCCUGAAAAUCGAGAUGAUGACAACGACCUGUUUAAAGGAUUCCUACAGACUUGGGCAGAAGUGAGCAAGACGAGUAUUAAGAAUACUGAGAAGGAGUUAUCUAGCAUUAAAAACUAUAAAGCCAAUUUAAAUGGCAUGGUCAUUAAUGAAGAUACUGUUCAUAAAGUUACCAAAGGCCCAAUACUCUCUGUGGCUCUCCACCCAUCAGAAAUUAGAACUUUGGUGGCAGCUGGGGCCAAAUCUGGGCAAGUUGGACUUUGGGAUUUGCAACUGCAUAUCAGCUUAUUAAAACAGACUCACCAAUCUGAAGAAGAUGGAAUUUAUGUUUUUCAACCCCACAGUCAGCCAGUUAGCUGUCUUUACUUCUCACCUGCCAAUCCGGCUCACAUACUCUCACUGAGCUAUGAUGGCACAUUACGCUGUGGGGAUUUUUCAAGGGCUAUUUUUGAAGAGGUAUGUAGAGAUGAAAGAAGUAGCUUUUCCUCCUUUGACUUCUUGGGAGAAGAUGCUUCCACUUUAAUAGUAGGACACUGGAAUGGAAAUAUAUCGCUGGUGGAUAGACGGACACCUGGAACUUCUUAUGAGAAGCUUAUCAAUUCUUCUCUGAGAAAAAUAAGAACUGUUCAUGUCCACCCAGUGCAUAGACAGUAUUUUAUCACUGCAGGAUUGAGGGAUACUCAUAUUUAUGAUGCAAGGCACCUGAAUCCCAGGGGAAGCCAGCCUUUGAUUUCUUUGACUGAACACACAAAGAGCGUCGCUUCUGCAUAUUUUUCACCUCUUACUGGUAACAGAGUAGUGACCACAUGUGCUGAUUGUAAGCUGAGAAUCUUUGACAGCAGCUGUAUAUCCUCUGAGAUUCCUCUGCUCACUACCAUCAGGCACAACACCAUCACUGGGCGAUGGCUGACCAGGUUCCAGGCUGUGUGGGACCCUAAACAAGAAGACUGUGUCAUAGUUGGCAGCAUGGCUCAUCCACGACGGGUGGAAAUCUUCCAUGAGACAGGAAAGCAGGUGCAUUCUUUUUUUGGUGGAGAAUGCCUUGUCUCUGUGUGUUCCAUCAAUGCUAUGCACCCAACUCGGUAUAUUUUGGCUGGAGGCAAUUCCAGUGGGAAGAUACAUGUUUUUAUGAAUUAAGAAAGUUGCUGAGUGUUUGGUUUAGCAACACCAAUUUGUUCAAAUCAGUGUCUAAGUAGCCUAGUAAUUCAUGUGCCUUGGUCUGUUUACUUGUUCAUAUGUUCUUCUUAGCAAAUAUAAAAUUGCUUUAUUAGUAAGAACUGUGAGCAGAAUGUACUUUUAGUAAGGGAGAAGGCUUUUAAGUUGUUUCUGUAGGUUGGGGAGGGAAUUUGAGGGGAGGCUAUGAUUGCUUCAGCACUUUAAUCAGGCAGUAUAUUGAGAAAUUCUAGCAUAAUAAUUACAAAGCUUUGGUUAUUAUUAAAAGUUUUUGUGGUUUAAUGAUACGGGUUUUGAUAGUGACAUUUGGAUUUGUGGUUUAUUUUAUAGUUUGGAGUGAAUAUUUAUUUCUAGACUCAUAUACUGAAAGAGAUCCUAACUUAGUGAUUUUCAAACUUUUAAUUUUUUUAAAUAGAGAGCUCUUUUUUCCCCCGCCUUUAAAUUCAAUGUUAUGUGAAAUCCCAAGAUAAUUGUUGAGAAGCCUUAGUUGACUUGGGCAGGGCCUGGGUCUGUGUGUGCUGACCCUUUGAUCUCCUCUAGAUGGCUCUUGAGACAUGGCUGAGGAAUUCUAGGUCUUCUAGGAACAAGGUUUGGAUCUGCCUGACCCUUGUAAGCCAGGGUGAGAUUGCCUUCAGACCGGUGUUUUCCACACUGUGGUUUAUAGCUAUUCACAUGAAAUCGGUUUGGCCAUGACCAGAGUUUAAAAAAAGGAAAAGGAAAGAAAUAGUAAAGAAUAGGAAACAUAGAGUAAGGGUUGUUUUGUGAAACUUAGCUAUAUAUGCGUGCAUAUUUGUACAUAUAUAUGCACAUGUAUAUUCUGAUGUAAAAUAUAUGUCUUUAUUAUUGUGGUACUGCUGUAGGUCAUGGUUUAAGAAGUGAAAGCUCCUGCCUUAGAAGGUCUCAGAUACACUUAGCUAUCCCUGUCUUUAAACUCUCCAGAGGAGAUUCAUUAUCUUCUUAAGUGAAUACCUUCAUUCCUAAUUCAUAUUUGGAGGAAAUGUUAUGAAAAACGACUUUUGGCAUUUUUUGUCAUAAAUUUUUUUUUCCAGAAGUUAGGGCAAUUUGAAAGUGUUUGUUGUUGGAAGGGUAGCUACAAAAUCAGUGACUGACAUUACUGUAAGAUAUUACCUUUUUGCUAGAUAUUUACCUUGUUGCUCUUCAUUGACAAACUACUACUGAAGGACUAUUAUAGUUUUUGGCAAUAUGUUUGAAUUCUAAGAGGAAAUGUCUUCUCAAAUUGUGUAUCACAGAAAUAAAGUCACAUGUAUAAUUUCCUUCUCUGUAAUUAUUGAGGGCUAGUUUAUUAAAUAGGUUAUAAGUAAUAAGAAUUGUUUUCUUGAUGAGAGGAUUAUAGAAAUUGGUAAGUGAAAUGGAAAUAUUCAUUUAUGAAAUGGAAGGGAAAGCUAAGUGAGGUUGACUUCUAUUUAACUGCCCUGGAGAUAAUAAAUGAAGCCUGUAGGCUCCUUUCCCUUUUCUUUUCUUUUCUUUUUUUCCCUUUCCCUUUUCUACACCACUUCAUUUCACAGGUCCCAGAGUGUGGCUACUUUUGUGAAAAGUGCUCUUUUUUAAAGAUAUUGAAAAAUACUCUCAUUGAAAUUAGUGCCAUCAUUUAAGCUUUGAAUCCUUGGUGGUAAUUGCCCGGUUUCUGCAAUAAAUGUUAGCAAAUUCUU